UUGUGUGCACACAUUUUUUUGGAUCCUUGAAUGCACGAGCGGCACCAGAAGGUGUCCAGCAGUCACGUGAAACAGGAAAGGAGGAAAUUCAGAGGCAACUUCACAGGGCAGAAGGAGUGAGGAUGAUCACAGCGGCUCUGACGCAGGGUCUGGAGAGGAUCCCGGACCAGCUGGGCUACCUGGUCAUCAGUGAAGACGGGGUGCUGGCGUCUGCAGGGGAGCUGGAGAAUGAUGAACACACUGCCGGAGUGAUCAUGCAAAUGGUCCGCACGGCGUGCCGCUUCCAGUUGCACGGAUCUGCAGAGCCACCCUUCAAACGAAUGUCAGUGGUGUUGGAAGACUUUGUCUACACGGUGACUGUAUCUGGUCAGAAAGUGUUUGUUGUGAAGCGUCAGAACAACCAGCGAGAGCCUGUCAAUGUUUAACUGUGAAGGCAGGGGAAUGUGAAGUGGACUGUCAUUCGACUGUGGUGAAAGAUGAUGUACUCAGGACAUUUGGAAGGCAAAAGUUGGUGUACAGCAGCGCUGACGAUGAACGGCGUGUGUCUGGAAGGCAAAGAAGAUCCCUCCCCAUCCAUCCUGCUCAUAGCUGAGGCUGUGGUGAGCAGACGCUGCUCCCCUGCAGCCCAGCAGCUUCAUUGCAGUUUGCUGAAAAUCAGGUUUUUGGGAUAAUUUCAAUGGCUUUUCUAACCCAGUGUCAACAGUUUGCUAUAGUUAACAUCUGUUGAACUUGUGUAAGUACUAAAUAAUCGACAACUAUACUGCAUUUUUUUUUUCUUUUUUCCCCCUGUAUUAUAAGUGCUAUGUGUAUGCUGUGUAACUUAGACAGUGCUUGGUUUUGGCUAUUUAAAGCUCUUGUAUGAUUGAAUAAAAUUUGACUUAAAGCUU